AUGCACCUCGUCACAGCGUUGGCAGCCAAUUUUUUGGCUCUAUUAGUAGCGGUCCUACCGGACACUACGGCCGCUGCCCCUGGUCGAGUUGGAGAAUUCUGUGACUGGCAACCUAGUCCAGAGCCCGACACGGUGCAUAAUACCCUUCAUUGGGCUGAUACCAACCAGGAAACUAGUGUGGAGCGUGAUCCCGACCUUGAAAAUCUUAUAAAUGAGAUCUUUCCUCCCGAACUCGUGGAUGACGGACGAGUCAUCAACGUCGGCGUGCAUAUGCAUGUGGUGGGACAUCCAAAAAAUAAUGAAAGCGAAUUCCUCGUUAAUCGUGCUGCUCUGGAUAAGCAAUUAGAUUUUCUCAACGAGAGCUUCAAGCCGGCCAAUAUCUCGUUUACGCUUUCAAGUGUAGACUGGACUAAAGGAGACAUGCUUGCAAGGGGUCGUUUCUUGCGACGACCACUAGCAAAGAGCCUGCACCGGGGCAAUUUCUCGGAGCUCAACAUUUUCUUCUGCAAUGACGAAGAGACAAUUGGUGGGGUUACAUCUACCCUCUGGGGCCUCCAUAUGAGCGAUGACGAGGAUAAAUCAGAUGGCUGCCUUGUAAAUGCUAAUACCGUUCCUGGGGGGCCCCAUCCUGUGUGGAAUCGGGGGGUGACAGUUGUUCACGAGGUUGGCCAUUGGCUUGGCCUUGGACAUACCAAGUUUACCAGGCACGGAGACUGCGAACCAAAUUGGCGAAACCUGACGGGUUUGAGCAAUGAGCCGUGCGGCACUCGAUGUGACUUUAACUAUAUGAGCUAUGGCGCCGACGCAUGCUUGACAGAAUUCACAUCCGAACAGAUUACAAGUAUGAGAAAAUUUGCGUUUGAGAAGCGCGGACUUUAA